GCGAGAGAUCUUGCCUGGGCCUCAUCCUCAAGACACCGCAGUCCUACUACUCACUACACCACGCUCGCACCUAAGAAUCCAUCGCUGCCCUCGGUCCCUUCGAUAUAGACGAGACUGCUUCCGCUCCCACCGCCCCUCGCCCCUCGCCGCCCACCGCGCUGUUGUCUACGCCGCACACAGCUCACAGCGUCUGAUUACCAACUGCCACAACCUUUCUCCACGCCCUCGAACCUACGCCAUGUCUGUCGAGCUCGACCCCCCGGAGCUUGGAUUCAAGCGACCCUUCCAACAGGAGGUAUCGCAGACGCUGCGACUCAAGAACCCACACUCUGACCCCGUGGCAUUCAAGGUCAAAACCACUGCCCCCAAGCAAUACUGCGUGAGACCAAAUUCUGGCCGCAUCGAACCUGGCAAAGAUGUCGAGGUGCAAAUUCUCCUCCAAGCAAUGAAAGAGGAUCCACCUCUAGAAGCGAAGUGCCGCGACAAGUUCCUCGUGCAGUCCGUUGCCGUCACCGCUGAUAAGGAAUUCACCAACGUUGCAUCCAUUUGGUCACACAUUGAACAAACAGCCAAAUCAUCAAUCCAGGAGAAGAAAAUCAGAGUCACGUUUCUACCCGCUGACGAUGUCACCGUCACACCGCCGAAGACGAAUGGUGUGAGCCACGCUAACGACCGUUCUUCGAUGCUUCCAUCCCCAUCCCCAGAAGCCGUUACUCCACAACGCACGUCUUCCGAGGUUCCCGUCGGAUCGGUCUCACGUCCCGAAUCUCGUCCUGCUGAGAGCAAGAGCCUGGGGGAAGCCAAAGGAUCCGCGCAUAACCCAGCCGCUUCAGGUGUGAAAUCAACCGUUGCUGCAGCUGCCGCAGGGGUAACCAACGCUCUCCCCACGUCGUCCACCGAUCUCAAUGCUCAACUCGCAGAAGCGAAGGCCACAAUCGCAAAACUCCGCCAGCAACUGUCGGAGCAGUCAGGCACGGGAUUACGCCAACGGAAGACGGGAGGAGGGCAGGAGCCCACAGGGAAGCUGACGACUGGCAUGGGGGUCCAGCAGGCGCCUGCAGGUGGCGUGCCAGUCCAGAUCGUGGCUGCCCUCUGCUUGCUCAGCUUCCUUAUUGCCUACUUUUUGUUUUGAUCGACUCCCCCGCAUUCGAAUCCCAUGCUGCGCCCGCCAAGCCGUAUGCCGUGCGCCAGAUGCGGCCCCGGAUUUUGGAGAGAGUGUGGGGUGUCAGAUGAUAUCGCCCAGUUCCCAGUCAUUCGAGCAGGAAAGGAUGAGAAUCGGAGGGGUUUGGGCGAGGCUUUAAUUCCUUUUGUGUGUGUAUGUGUGUGUUUGUGCGUGAUUAUUCUCCUGGAGCUGGGCUGGCUGUUUCCCAUUGGGCUAUGACCGUCUCGAAUUGGUAAGAAGCAUUUGGAGAAGGUGACGAGAGCCUGAGGCGUUAGCAUGUUCACAGCAAAGGCGCAACCCUGUAUCAACAGUUCACUUAAUAUGAUUUGUUCAAUUCAA